AUAUCAUUAUAUCAUAUUAUUAUUAUAAUAAAUGCAGUCCUACAUUAAAUUAUUUCAAUUAAAUUUAUGUUCAUAAAUAAAAUUAAUAAUGUUAUUUGCAAAACAAUUAAGUUCAUUGGUAUUAAUCGUGUGUUUAAUAGUGUGUUGUGUUUGCGAUGGGAAUAGUAUUGAUGUGAACACGAGUUCGGGUUCAGUGAGGGGUCAGACACUCCAUGUCUUGAAUCGCAAAAUACAUCAAUUCUUGAAUAUACCCUACGCUGAGCCCCCUUUAGGCCCACUCAGGUUCGCCCCACCCCUACCACUCAAGGAGCCCAAACAGGGCAUUAUCGAUGGCACAAAACCCGGCAAUUAUUGCAUUCAAAACAUAAUAAAGUUUAUUGAUGAAGGAUAUGAACCCACCGCUAGUGAAGACUGUCUAGUAUUGAGUAUAUGGACACCAAAUGUGGACAAUAGUAAUGAUAAUCAACAGAAAGUGGGUCUUAAACCAGUCAUGUUCUCCAUAUAUGGCGGAGCACUGAGUAUUGGAUCAAUAUUUCAAACCGUUUACAACUCUUCAGUGUUGGCCACCAAUGAUGUGGUUGUGGUUGCGGUUAACUAUAGGGUCGGGCCGUUGGGGUCCCUCUACGGCGGCGAUGAGACAGCGCCCGGAAAUGCGGGCUUUUAUGACCAGUUAUUAGGAUUAAAAUGGGUUAGAGAAAAUAUACACCUAUUUGGUGGAGAUAAAAAUCAGAUCACAUUAUUUGGUGCGAGUGCCGGCAGUUGGUCCGUAUCGGCACAUGUAUUGUCUCCCCUAUCGAAAGGUCUGUUUAAGAGGGCUAUUAUACAGAGCGGGUCCGUUAUGUAUAACAAAGAUCGUCCGGCGCUCAGCACUGUUGAGGGCCUUCAAAGGGCCAAACAAUUGGCCCGACGUUUGAAUUGCGAUGAAUUUGACUACAAAUGGUUGGACUGU